AUGCAGGUGUAUGAAAUAUUUUUCAAAAAUCUGAAUUUACGAGGUUUCGAAGGUAUUCCGAGUCCGAACCUUGAGUCAGCAAGAUGUGGUGUAGACGCCGAUACGCUCUCGCUUCUGCCACAUACGGAGGAGGAGGAAGUUUCCGAGAAUGACGAGAAUAAGGUGAACAACGAUGAAAAGUACGCCUUUGACGGUAAAUCAAAUGCGGUCAUCGUGCCGCCAGAGACCAUCAAAGGGCUUAUCCCAUCCAAAUUCACGUUGUCGUUCUCGAUGAAACACGCCAAAGGAACGAAAGACGAGCAGAACAAUAAGCAGAGUAUUUUGUGCGAAAGUGAUGAUCACAAGAUGAAUCGUCAUCAUUUCUCGGUCUACGUGCGACACUGCAAGUUGGAGAUGUUGAUGCGUCGUGAGAGUCAGGCUGAAGCUGCAUUCCGUGCAGCUGAAUGGCGUUGGAGCAUUCCGGAAGUAUGCGAUGACAGAUGGCAUACGUUCUCGAUUCUGUUCGCUUCUGUUGAUCAGGUACGUGCCAAUCUCGUAGCCUGUAUAAAUUCGUCCUUAAAACGUCCUUAA